GAGAUGGCCGCACUGAGUGUAAAGCCAGGACAGCGGUUCACCUUGCCAGACUGGCACACCAACUCCCAUCUCAUCUCAGCUGAUGCUGAACGCCAGCGUUCUGCUUCCCACCAAGUGCGGCAGGAAGCCCGAGCUCUCCGCAAUGAAACCAACAACCAGACAAAAUGGGAUGAGCAUGACAACCAAACCCGCCUGGCUGAACGUAUCAGCAGUGUGAACAGAUGGAAGGAGACCCUGGACAAAUGCCUUGCAGACAUAGAUGUGGAAAUUGAUGCCUUAGCCAAAGUGAAGGAAGCAGCAGAACGUGCCCUCCAGGCAAAGAACUUGCCUUUGGAUGUUUCCAUUGACUGCCUGACACUCCGUGAGAGCCGUCGUGCCAUCGACGUGGUGAGGGACCCUGUGGAGGAGGAGCUGCGCAAGGAGGUGAAGGUGAUAGACAAAGCCAAGAGAGAACUGCAGCAGAGAGCGGAUGAAGCCUUCGAACAGCUCUGCCUCUUACAGGAAGCUCGCCAACAGCUGAGCUGUGACCACCGGCGCAAGAUGGAAGCAUUGGAAAUAGAUCGUGUGUGCUUGUCCCUCAGCGUGAACUCUCCCAACAUCUCCUUCAAGGUCAACCCAACACGGGUCCCAGACGGAUCAAGUGCACUUGAUGAGUGGGAACAGAAUAGCCAACGCAACAAGGAGCAUGCUGAGGCAGAAAUGAAAGCCUCGGCUGAGCUCCGAGAAGCAACGAUGCUUGCCAUUGCACGGACGAACAACGAGCUGGAGGCUCAGCGUGUAGCUACAGAGUUUGCCUUGCGCAAGAGGAUUAGAGACCUGGAAAGAGCCUAUGAUGAGCUGAAAUGGCAGGAGCGGAAUAUGUUGGACGAAAUUGCUGAGAUGGAGGAGGACAUCCGACGCUUGGAGGAAGAUCUUCGAAGGAAAGCGCAAGAUCUGAAAGUGGCACACACCCGCCUGGAGACCCGCACGUAUCGGCCUGAUGUGGAGCUCUGUCGGGAUCAGGUCCAGUACGGGCUCACGGAUGAGGUCCACCAGCUGGAGGGAACGAUCCGCGCGCUCAAACUGAAGCUAGCAGAGUCACAGGGCGUCUUGGACGCGCUUUACAGACAACUUCACCGCAUUCAGACAGACAUUGGCUACAAAGCCGGUUCCCUGGUGCUGGACAACAAGUGCAUGGACAGCCGGAGAAAGCUCCUGGUCCCCACCGAGAAACUUGUGCCAGAGGUCGACACUUUCAACCGGACCACGAACUGUCCGCUCUCCCCGCUGAGGAACGGGCAGCUGGAGCUGGCGUAG